AUGAGAUACUGGGGUUGCUGUCUUACGCUAUUUGGCUCAAUUGCACAGACAACAGCACACAAUUCUUCUUACUUUAAUCCCGUCCUCGCCGGCUGGCAUUCCGAUCCCUCAUGCACUGUUGUUGAUGAUACAUUCUAUUGUGUUACAUCGACUUUCAUAUCUUUCCCUGGGCUCCCUAUUUAUGCUUCUAAAGAUUUGGUCGACUGGAAGCUAGUAAGUCAUGCCUGGAAUCGUGAAAGCCAGCUUCCCGGCGCCAGUUGGGGCACCCCGGAUCAGCAAAACGGUAUGUACGCAGCGACGAUUCGACACCACGACGGUGAAUUUUUUGUCAUUUGCCAGUACUUGAAUGCACCGGAGGGCAACAUCGGCGUUAUUUUCAAGAGCUUAGAUCCUUACAGCAAUGUUGCCUGGAGCGAUCCGGUACGAUUCAAGCCUUCGAAUAUCGAUCCCGACUUGUUCUGGGAUGACGAUGGUAAAGUCUACUCGGUAAUGGCAGGGAUCACUCUCCAGGAGAUUGACCUCGAGACGGGGGAUUUGAGUCAACCGCCUCUAAGCGUUUGGAACGGCACCGGUGGAACAUAUCCUGAAGGACCCCACCUUUAUAAGAAGGAUGAUUGGUAUUACCUCAUGAUCGCAGAAGGUGGUACGGAGCUCAAUCAUUCCAUUACAAUCGCACGGUCACGGAAUAUCAAUGGUCCAUAUGACAGCUACGUUAAUAACCCUAUCCUCACUGCUCGAGGUACGGAUGACUAUUUCCAGACUGUCGGCCAUGGAGACCUCUUCCAAGACCAAGAGGGCAAUUGGUGGGGAAUGUGCCUCUCCACACGUUCUGGUCCAGACUGGAGCAUCUAUCCUAUGGGACGAGAGGCGGUACUCUUCCCAGCAACGUGGAACAAGGAUGAAUGGCCAAUAUUGCAACGCGUAAAGGGAAAAAUGAACGGAUGGCGCUUGCCACCGCGAAAUCGCGAUAUUCCUGGAACGGGGCCUUUCAAUGAUGACCCUGAUCGAUAUGAAUUCCGUCUAAAUAGCACAAUCCCACCCAAUCUUGUAUAUUGGCGUGUCCCACGUCAAGAUACCAUCACCACCUCGAACAAUGGCCUGCGGAUAGUACCAAGUCGAAGCAAUUUGACCGGCGUCAUUGCUGCCUCAAAUUCAGAGGCAGACCUUUCAUUGAGUGGCCGACGUGGUCUCUCUUUCAUCGGCAGACGACAAACACAUACCAUUUUUGACGCUAGUGUUGAUCUAUCUUUCUCCCCUAAGGAAAUCGAUCAGGAGGCUGGUGUUACCAUGUUCCUCACCCAGUUUAAUCACGUUGAUUUGGGUCUUGUCCUUCUUCAAAAUGAUGAUACCGCCAAGCCGAGUCUCUUUCUUCGCUUCCGAGCUGUCAGUGGAGGUUCCACUGUGGACUACUUAUUGACAAGACUGCCAGACCAUUGGGGAAACGGCUCUUUGCGUCUCGAGAUUCAGGCACAUAAUACAACUCAUUUCACGUUUUCAGCUAUGCCAUCGUCAGAACCACAUAACAGAAUCACGGUGGGUGCUGCCUCGGGAUCACUACUAAGUGGAAACACAGGUCCAUUUACGGGAAGUCUAGUCGGCAUGUUUGCGACCUGCAAUGGAGCUGGGAAUAACAAUACCUGUCCAGAUGGGGGUAACGCUUAUUUUCAAAAUUGGGAAUAUACAGGAAUAGCUCAAUAUAUAUCCAAUGAAACGGCUAUCUUACUAUAG